AUGUUGUACCGAGCCUUCCAUUCCACGCGACAACUACUCAAACGCAAAGAUCACUAUGAAGCGCUCAAUGUAAAACGACAUGCCGAUAAGAACACCAUCAAGAAGCAAUACUAUCGUCUCUCCAAACAAUACCACCCUGAUUUGAAUCCCAACAAUGCAGCAGCCCAUGCCAAGUUUCUCGAGAUCAAUGAAGCGUAUGCUGUAUUAGGCAACGAAGCAACUAGGCGAGAAUACGAUCGAGAAGCAGAUGAUAGGCCUAUGGCAGCUACUACAACAUCCAACUGGUAUACAUCCACAGCCCAUUUUCGGUCAGGGCCAUCCGCUUCAUGGCAUGGAAGAUCAAGACACCACUCAAAGAAUACAGGAUCUGCAAGCGCACGUGCACAAGCUGAAGGGAUGGGAAAGAAUAACACAUCAUCAUCCUUUUAUCGGGAGCAUUUUACACGAUAUCAAGCUGAAGAAACAAGACGUAGACAUCGAAUGCAACAAGCUGCUAAGCGACGUAGAGAAGCAGGAUUGGAGACUGAACCAGAUGCAGAUGCAUAUCGACAAAUAGAGUCAUGGUGGUCAAGGAUGUGGCGAUUGGCUAUCGUUUUGGGUGGGAUUGGUUAUGCAACACACACAUUGCACAAGAAUAGAGAUAAUAUUCAACACAAGACUUCAUAA